AUGUCAACCUUCAAAUGGCGAAAUACACCAGCAAUAUCAGCAAAACGUCAGCAAGAAUCAAGGAGCGACCAGUGGUUAAUGCCAUCGGUUAAUGGUGAACCAGAGCAAGGAAGGGCGUAUCAGACGACUGGAUGUUCAUCUCACUUGGCAGCGAGGAUUAUUUCUACGGUCGAACGCGAGUCGAUAGAUUUGUUAGACAAGACAUUAGCUGUCUGCGUACUCUCCAUUAACGUAAUUAGACUAUUUAAUCAGGGCAUGGAAAAAUUCAUAAAGGUUAUUCCGACUGUUCAGAAAGAAUAUGAUACUUUCUUUAAGAAGGCGAAUGAGCAGAAAAUGAUUGGAGAGAUUACAUUGGACGAUAUUUUGUUUACUGAGUUACUAGUUUGA